GUGAAGUUCGAUCUCUCAUCUCAUCUUUCGCCUGCACGUACUGAAAACGAUUGUCACCACACCCAUCGUCUUCCACGUCAGCAUCUCUCAAUAUGGAUCCUGCGUCAGCGCCGGCCCCCGAUGACGUCCCGCAAACGAACGGCGAUUCACAGAAUUCUCAGACCGCGCAAGACUUCAUCGCGUCGCAGCUCAGCCUGGAAGCAGAUGCACGUGAGGCGCUCCCAUACCAAUUCGACACAUGCACGAAACCACUUGGACCGCUGCGCCAGUCGGUGUAUGCUUGUCUAACCUGUACUCCCCCGCCUGCAUCGCCACACCAGCAGUUCACACCCGCCGGAGUAUGCUACAGCUGCAGCAUCAGCUGCCACGGCGAGCAUACUCUCGUCGAGCUCUUCUCCAAACGCGACUUUGUAUGCGACUGCGGUACUACGCGGAUAGAAAACAGCGGCACGCCUUGUAGUCUGCGACACAAUGUGGAGACUGGGCGAAAGGGAGGCGUCGUGAAAGAGAAGGCCAGGGAAGGGAAUCAGUAUAACCAGAACUUCCAGGGCAAGUUCUGUGCUUGUGGCGACGAAUACGAUCCGGAGAUGGAGAAGGGAACCAUGUUCCAGUGUCUUGGACUGGGAACGCUGGCUGAGGGUGGUUGUGGCGAGGACUGGUGGCAUCCGGAAUGCUUGAUGGGCCUACCUCGGAUAAAGGAUGCGCCGACAGAGCCGUCACACUCAAACGGUGUCUUGGAGACGGUCAAAGAGGAGACUGAUGAUACGACCCCAGCUGGGGAGGCUGCUACGACGGAACCUCCGACUCAUGAUGAUGGACACGGCCCCCCUGGCUUUCCGGAUGAAGACGACUUUGACCAUCUCAUCUGCUACAAAUGUGUCAAUGCUUUCCCUUGGAUCAAGCAGUAUGCUGCAAGUCAAGGCUUCUUGACAGCAGGCAAUCAUGCACAGGCCAAGGACACGCCUGAGGUCACGAGAACCGACUCGCCUUCCCAAGAACCAGACAGCAGGAAACGAAAGGCCGAAGAUGUACCAGAGGACUCGCAAGAGCUUAAGAAACUCAAGCCUGAUGAAUCCCAUGACGAAGCGACAACAACUCCGCAAACCAAUGGCCAUGCUCCGCAUCCCGCCAAACACGCCCUCCUCCCACCAGCACCAACAGACAACAACCUCACCCUCUACCUCAAAGAAGACUUCCGAGACCACCUCUGCCGCUGCCCCGCAUGCUUCCCCCUCCUAGCCAAACACAAACAACUCCUCGAAGAAGAGGAAGCGUACGAGCCCCCACUCUCCGAAAGCGAUGCCGGCUCCGACAUGCCCGGCCACCGCGCAAACAGCAUCAACUCCGGCUCACUGCUCGAGCGAGGCGAAGCCGCUUUGUCUUCCAUGGAUCGCGUGCGCGCCAUAGAGGGCGUUAUGGCGUACAAUCACGUCCGUGAUAAGGUGAAGGACUUUCUUAAGCCUUUUGCUGAGAGCGGGAAGCCGGUUGGCGCGGAGCAUAUCAAGGCCUAUUUUGCGAAGCUGAGGGGUGAUGAGCAGGCUAUUCGCGAGGCUGCUGUUGGGGCCAGCAGUGCGGGUGAGAAGGAUCAUAGGAGGGAGCAGGGCGGGUAUUAGCGAGGCACUGAUGGCGGUGUGUUAUAUUUGGAUGGAGUGAGAUGAUGGAUCAUUGGCUUGUGCUUCUCGGACCCGAAGGUCGAGACGAUCACGAUCUAAAACGUCUAUAGCAAUCGAGUAAAAAGGCUCGCUCCGUCACAGCACUGGAGGGGGAGGUUGUUAGCUUGACAUGAAUUGGUAGUGAAGACGGUAGUGAGAAACGGCU